ACUCCAAACCAACUUACCACUCCUGACACCAUGAGCUACUACGGCAGCUACUACGGAGGCCUGGGCUGCGGCUUUGGAAGCUUUGGUGGACUGGGCUAUGGCCAUGGCUGUGGAUAUGGCUGUGGAUAUGGCAGAGGCUAUGGAUAUGGCAGCUUCCGCAGACUGACAGGUGGCUGUGGAUUUGGAGGCCAUGGAUAUGGAUGUGGCUCUGGCUUUGGAGAACCCGGAUAUGGUUUCGACUACAGAAGCUAUGGAUAUGGAUGUUGCCGCCCAUCAUGCAGUGGAGAAUACGGGAUCUCUGGAUACUUCUGAAUAAAUACUUGAAAAUUUACAAUGCCUGCCCUUGAUUGUUUUGAAAACUUCAUUCCACAACCUGUAUGCUUUUCUCAUCUUGUCUUUAUAGCUGAACUUCUAUUUGGACCACAUGGUUUCUGACUGUAAUGUGAAGAAAACUAGAUGAACUCGAUGCUGGCAUUUGAAUAGUGAUGCUGUUUAGUGAUGAUGUUCUUCAUCUCUCUUUGUACUGGAUGGGGAAUCAUUUGUGUUUCUGCAAAUGUUUGCCUUUCAGUAUCUGACAUAGUAUAAUAAACUUUAUCUUACAUAAUCAAUUCGUCAUGAGCAUUAAUUUUUUUAUUACAAUAAACGGAGAUGAAUUGAUAACA